AUGUGGGACCGGCUCAGGCCCAACGCGGCGGGCGCGACCGUUGGAGGAGCAGGCGCAGAAGCCGCAGCAGGAGCAGGAGCAGGGGCAGGAGCAGGAGCAGGUGCAGCCGCCCCUCAAAAGAUGACGAUCUCGCCUGCCCGACAAGGCCGUGACGUCUCGCCCUUUGCCUUCCCCUACGACAAAGCAUCAACCGGCGUCACCACAACCAUCACCGCCAAUAGCCACUGGACCGACGACUUUCACGCGACCAGGACCAAGACGAAGAAGACGCUGCCUGCCGACGCGAGCCCGAGCCCCCGAAGAUACGAGAUUCGGCGUGGUGUUGCGCAUCGCGUGGAUUCGGCUGAUCCCGAGCCCAGCCGCCAUGGCGACGACGACAAUGUCUCGCCCAUAGACGAGGCCCCCGUCAUGUCCCAGCUGGAUAUCGCCAAGCAGCAUCACCGACGAUUUCUCGAGGACCAGCAGCGAAAACAGCAGCUACAGCAGGAGCUCGAGAAGGGCCAGCGCCAACCACAGCAAGCCUCGCCCUCGCCGCACCAGCGGAGCCAGAUUCCCAUGAUGCGCCGCGACCGUCGGAAGCAGCAGGACAACGCGGCGACCCAACUUCGCGAGACCCGGUCCAAGGAGCUGCUUCACCGUCAGCCCAGUCAAACUACCAGAUGGGACGAUCAAACCGGAAAGCCCAUCCACGACGGCAGCCCGAGCCCCCAACCCCACCAGCAGCUGCCGCCUGCGGCCACCCAACGGAACCCGAUGAAGGCCUUUGGCGACCGCGUCCGCAAGAUGAGGCCCGGCAUGGGUGACGGCAACAGCGCCAAGCCCGCCAUCUCAGCCCCCAUCACGGCGCCCACGUCCAUUGACGAACGCCCUGGCUGGCGUGGGGCAAGCGGCCGCCAGAACAUUGUGCAGUCGGUGCAGGACACGCCGCAGGUCGCGCCAAUCCACAUCCCUCGGAAGAGCAGCAAGAGGGCCGCAGCCCAAGCCGCUCGUGUCGAUCGCCCGGCGCCGCGCAGCAGUGUCAAUUCCGGUAUCUACAACGCGACCAACGGCCGUCCCGAGUCCAUUCUGUCCUUGAGCAAAGCGCUGCCGCCGGCGCCACCCGAGCUCUCCUCUGUCAACGAUCGCGUCGGCCACCUCAAUGCGCGCCUCAGCUCCUUGGGCAACCGCCGCAUCAACAUCAACAUGGCCAUCAAGCAAAUGACGGAGCUCAUGCCCACCGACAACCUCCUCGCGAGCGAGGCCGUCUUGCGCAAGCGCGAAGCCGAGAAGCGCAAGGUCGUGGCCCUCAAGGUCGAGCUCGCCGACGUGCAGCGCGAGGAGUAUGAGCUCGGACUGAAGCUGCACCGCGCCUACAAGCGGCUCGACAAGGACGCCAAGUAUGAGCCUACGACGCUGUGGGUGAGGAGGGUCACGGGGUGA